AUGAACGAUGGACGCAAUAACAGUGUUGGAGUGGGAGGUCGAACUACAGGAUUAAGCGGGCGUGGUGAUCGCACUACAAACAUGAAUAUCAAUAUGAAUACCAAUACAAGUGCUAAUGCAACGACAAACACAAUGAGUUUAAAUAUAGUGCCCACACCCAACGGGAUGGAUAGUUUACUCACACCUAAUGCCUUGGGAGGUGGAUUAGGUAGUGGAUUGAGUGGUAAUCGAGCAGGCCCUUUGGGCAGCAGCCAUGGUGUUUCGAACGCCCGUAAUGCGUUUGAUUUGGAAUUGAACCCAUUCGAGGCCAGUUUUGCCACCAGCAAGACUCGAAAUGGUGCUAAUGCUGCAGCCGCCAGUGCAAAUCCAAAUGUAAAUGUAAAUGUAAAUCCAAAUUCAACCACAAACGCAAACACAAACACAAACACAACCGCAAAUCCAAACAUUGCUGCAAACGGCAACGAUGCCGUUCGUCGAUCCUCCUUGUUUAUGCAUUUGCAAAACAGAUCAGGACCAGGAUCUGCAGGCGGCAAUCCCACGCCUGGCAUGGCCAACCCUAACCCCAACGGCAAUCUCGGCACAGCCCUUGCCGGCAUGAAUCUGGCUGGAAUGGGACUUUCUGGAGUCCCUACCGUGGCCAGCCCGCCAUUACUUACACCGGGCGGCUCUAAGCGCUUACCGCCGCUCUUACUCUCGCCGUCAUACAUGGACCAAGGAGCAGCAGGCAGCCUGUUAACGCCCGGCGGUAGUCUCUUAACUCCGGGAAUCUCCGGCCUGCUCAACGCGGGAACUGCGGGCGGCGCUACCACCUCCGCCAUUGCCACCCCUGCAAUGGCCCCUGCGCCUGUGUCUGUGUCUGUGCCUGUGCCUACACUUGCAAAAGACCCCGCAUCCCAAGCAAUACCCCCCGCCACACUCUCGAGUGUCUCCGCCACAAGUCCCACGGCUGCUGCCUCUGCUUCUGCUGCCAAUACUGCUCCUAUAGAGCCUGCUACGAAACGCCGCAAGAGAACAACUACAAAGGCCACCACAGAUAGUCCACGUGAUGCUGCCUCCUCUCUGAAGGACGUCAUGGCGUCAAAAGACCUCGCCACAGGCACCGCCAUAGUCACAUCGGCAGCCGCCGACACGGACGCCUCGCCAGACCCUGCACGUGACAAGCGCCGCGAAUUUCUCGAAAGGAACCGUGUGGCGGCGUCUCGGUUCCGUCGCCGCAAGAAGGAAUACAUUCGCCGAAUCGAGGCCGAUCUCCGGUUCUACGAGGCCGAAUAUGCCGAGAUGGCGGCUAUUCUGGGUACUCUUUCGGGCAUUCCACCAUCCACACCCGCGGAACCAAUGCAGCCGCAGCCAGCGCUACUGGCGACUCUGGACGCAGCACUCGCGCACGGCGAUACCGCUACAGCCGCCCAGCUACUUGCGCCGUUAAAAGCGAUGCUCACGCGUUCCGGUUUUGUCCAGCGCAGAGGGGUUAACCCACGUGCCCAGCCGCGGACCGACUAA